AUGGACAAAGAGAGCAGCCAAGAACUUUUGGUCGAAAACAAGAUAGCUGGUUUCAGUAGGGUGCAGAAACCGGACGUGGCUGCAAUGCAGCUUGAACUUCUACCCUAUGACGUUCUGCGUGACAUACUGUCACGGUUGUCGAUCAAGGAUGUCGUCAGGAUGAGCGUGCUUUCUCGUGAAUGGAGACAGCAGCGGAUAUGCCAUCCAGAUCUGGUCCUCACCAAAGACACCUUUGGCAUAAGUACAGACAUGAAUACUGACCCAGACCUGGUCCCCAAAGACUACUUUGGCAUCAUUAAAGACAUGAAUACUAAACGAGCAUCCCGGGCUGCUGAAUUCAUCGCCAAUGUGGACAGUGUAUUGCGCCCACUGUGGUCUACUUGUACUACAACUACGACUACGCUGGACAAGUUUGUUGUCGAAUUUGGCCUUCGCAGAAAGAACAAGUAUCACAUUGAUAAAUGGGUUAGCUUUUCCAUUGUGUCAAGGGCAAAGCACAUUGCUUUUCAUUUCACGUUUGAUGUCGAUUGCUUUGGCCCUGGAUGUGACCAGUACAAGUAUGUUUUCCCGCUGUGCAGGCUCAGUGGUCCAAGCGGCUCUUGUGUCACAUCUCUUAUUCUGGGCUAUGUGGAAAGAUUCAGUAACACCCGCGAUUGCUUCAUGACUUUGAGGCAUCUGAACAUGAACCUUGAUAUCUUUCUCGGUCCAUAUGAUGAUAGCUGGGUUAUGGGGUUUGUUAAUCUCUUGGAAUUAGCACCUCUCUUAGAAGAACUGGAACUGCAUAUGGAUCGUGAUAGAUUUUGCUUUGAAAAUCCGAGGACAGUGUUAGCGGCGCAAGGGCCUCCGCAUCGUCAUCUCAGGAGUGUCUACAUGUCUGGAUUUUGUGAUGUAUUGGGGCUAGCCGAGCUGGCGCUCUACAUCCUUAGGAAUGCUACUGUGCUUCAACGUAUGGUAGUAGAUCCUGUGGCAGGGAUGAUGGAUAACGCGUUGACCGAACGUUUCUGUUCGGUCAGAAAUGGCGGUAGCAGUGAAGAGAUUGUUUUUCCAACCGAUGGAACUCAGAAAUGCGUAGGCAAGAAGAGGAUGUUUGCAAAAAAUAACCUUGACAAAGAGGAGUUUUGUCACGUCCUCACCAUUUUAUGA